AAAUUCACAAAGCACGAGAUAUAUAGUGAAAUUGUGAAGUUUUUCAUUUCUUAUAUCUUGUUGUUAACUCUCCUGUCUCAUCUUCGAGGAUUCCUGUUUAUAUCUCAGCUCAUACAUAGAUAUAUUUCCAGAUGACAUCUUAAAAUAAACUCAAAAAUAAAGGCGUCAGGAAGCCAUUUACCCUAUCAUUGCAAUUCAUCAUUUUACUUUAGACAGUAUGACAACUGCUUUCCUUCAGCGUUUGAAAGCUAGGUGUAAGAAUAAUGUAGCCGCGAUGAGAGAUUCCCCUUUGGCGGAAAUUUCAGGCGCUUUUGGUGAUCUAGGAACACUUUUACCUUUGAUGAUUGCUCUUGCCGUCAAUAAUUCGAUAUCCCUUUCAACAACUCUGGUUUUCUCGGGCUUGUGGAAUAUAUUGACUGGUAUUGCUUUUGGUAUACCGCUACCAGUACAACCUAUGAAGGUAGUUCUCGCAUGGCUGGCGUUAUUCUUGACUGACCAUACUUUAGGCUAUCGCCGCUGUAGCUAUAUCAAGGAAGUUCUCGAUUGAAGAAACAGUUUCCGCUGGUUACACCGUGGCUGGUGUGGUGCUGAUCUUGAGCGGUACGGGGCUUCUUCGAUGGUUCACAUGUAUGAUACCUACACCCGUCGUCAAAGGUAAACUACUUCCUGAGACCUUUUUUAUUUCAAUGAAUCUUCUUCUAUCUAUACUGACUGUAUGUCUCCAGGUAUUCAAGUUGGAGCCGGCUUGUCUUUGGUUCUUUCUGCUGGUUCGAGCCUUCUUCAGCCCUUAGGCUUCACGACCCCGAAUGCUGCUGAUAACUUAAUCUGGGCACUUUUCGCCUUUAUCGCUCUCCUGCUCACGCAGAGAUUUCAAAGGUUCCCAUAUGCUCUAGCUAUCUUCUUACUCGGGCUUGUAUUGUCAUUAUACAUCACGGGCCUAAGCUCUUUACCUUCUUUCAAACUGUGGCAUCCUCAAAUCUAUAUUCCGUCCGGGAUCUCGUUCAAAGUCGGCGCUCUCGACGCAGGUCUUGGACAAAUUCCCCUGACUACCUUGAACUCUAUUAUCGCAGUCAAUUUUCUUGCGGCUGAUCUCUUGCCAAACAUCCCGGCUCCAGGAGUUACUUCGAUCGGACUCAGUGUCGCAUUCAUGAAUCUGAUUGGCGGCUGGUUCGGUGCUAUGCCCGUCUGCCAUGGCUCAGGAGGACUAGCUGCUCAGUAUCGAUUCGGAGCUAGAAGUGGUGCAAGUAUAAUCAUGCUUGGCACAUUUAAGAUGAUAUUAGGAUUCUUCUUCGGCGAUACACUUGUAGGACUCCUAAAACAUUAUCCAAAAAGUUUACUUGGAAUCAUGGUUGUAGCAGCUGGCCUUGAAUUGGCAAAAGUGGGAGAAAGUCUUAAUUACGGAGCCCGGGAUCUGUGGGAAAUAUCAGAAUCGAGUGUUGGAUCAGACUCAACUCAACCGCAAAUGAUAAAGCGCCAUCGACAGCUUUCUGACGAGGAAAGAAAGGAAAGAUGGACAGUGAUGUUCAUUACCAUUGGGUUUCUGCUAGCAUUUAAGAAUGACGGAGUAGGGUUCCUGGCUGGUAUGUUGUGUCAUGGUUUCAAUCAAUCUUCAAGGUUGCAGAAUACAUGGGAAGGUUGGAGAACUAGGUAUGGCGAGAGAAAGACCAAGAAUGCUACGUCGAGUCUCAGAGAUGAAGAAGAACAAUUGCUCUCCGGCGCUUAGGCAUAGAGCCGAGUAAAGGAUUUAACGAUAUAAUGAGCAUAUGAAAGAAUCGAGCAGUCUUGCUGCGCAAUUGUGUGUUAAUU